AUGGAGCAAGGAGAUAUUUUCUUUGUCGAUCGUGGAUUUCGAGAUGUGAAAAAUUUCCUGGAAUCUGAGGGUUACAAUAUUUUAAUGCCAGCUUUAAAAGGGAAAAGAAAGCAAUUAAUGGAUAGAGAAGCAAAUGAAUCCCGAUUUGUGACAAAGUUUCGUUGGUCUGUGGAAGCCAUUCAUGAAAUAAUAAAGCAAAAUGACGAUGGAACAAUCAAUUUGCAAUUUGUUAAAGAUCAAACCAACAUUCUGAAAAUUUUAAUUAAGUCUCGACACAUUUCAAGGAAAGUUUACAGGUGUUUUGUAGAGUAUGUACCAAAUGGAAUAGGUGUUUCAGGUAUCAGACGAUAUGCUUGUGAAUGCGCAAAUGGUCGAAGGACUGUAGGCUGUUGUUCACAUGUAGCUACAGUUAUUUAUUAG